GAAAAAGCUUGGCAUCCCGGAAGAGGAAAGACAUUUCGCUCAGAGAGGAAGAAAAGUCUGUUGACAGAAUAAAAAGACUGAGCAGGCCACCGACAGGUUUCAGCAUUAUUUACUGUUUUAUUACAUCUGUUGAGCAUCGUAUUAAAGUGACGAAGAACGAGCUAUCAAGGUAUGGAACAUGGCAGCAAUUGAAACGCAGCUUAUGUUAAGUGUAGGAUUAAUCGAGAAAGAUGUGAAUGGAGAUACACUGUGGGUGUGGUGCUAUCCCUCUGUGGGAUCAGACCUGAGGCAGAUCCUGCUCAGUAAAUGCUGUCUGACGCAUGACAGCCGGGAUUUCCACACCUUUGUGUUUGGUCAGUUCUGGCGUACCUGGUACUACAUCACCACGUCGGAGGUACAGGAACCCACAGCGCUUAACAAGGUCACUCAUUUUUCAAUAGUUGUUACAGCGAAAGACUUCAACCCUGAGAAGUAUUCUGCACUUAGUCGAGUUCUCUGCAGGAUGUACACCAAACAUGGCAGUCCAGUGAAAAUGAUGGAGGCUUAUGUCACCGUCCUUACAAAAGGAAUUUGCCAGAGUGAUGAAAACGGAUCAUUUCUAAUUAAGGAUUAUGAUGUUCGGAAAGCAUACUUAGCUGGUUCAGUCAAAGAUGUGGUGUCUCAGUUUGGUAUGGAGACUAUCAUUCUUUAUACUGCACUCAUGCUGAAAAAGAGGAUCAUAGUCCAUCACCCUCGAAUUGAAGCAUUGCUGGAGUUUACAAGGGUUCUACCCUGUUUGACAUGGCACAGGAAAGACUGGUCCAUCCUGCACCCAUAUGUGCAUCUCUCUGAUAUUGAACUGGAGGAUCUCAAGAAAUGCCCUGGAUAUGUAGCAGGAUUUGUAGAUCCUGAAGUGAGCAACAGAUUGGACUUGUUUGAUGUGUAUGUGAACCUCCCAGACAGUGUCAUCACAGUCUCCCAGGGGGCCAAAGAGGCCAUGGCUAUGGGGAAGUUACAUAAGGACAUUGGCCAUCUUAUUGUUCAAUCUGCAGAGGAUCCUGAGAGGUCAGACAGUCAGGUCAUAAAGGACAUUUCUGUUAAGACUAAAGAGAUCCUUGCCAAUUUGGUGGCUCUGGCUGACGAGUGUGAAGACUCUAAAAUCACAUUGGCAGGUUUAAAGCAGCAUCAUUUCCCUCCAGCGACGGAGAACUUCCUCUUCCAUUUGGCAGCUGCCGAGCAGCUCUUGCGAAUUUAAACCUGUAAUCAGACACAGCACUGUAGGAAGAUGAUAUUGCCACAUCAUGGGCUAUGAUUGCUGUUAUUUACAUCUCGGGAGAGUUUGAGUUUGUUUCUAAAAUGCUUGUGGACACCCUCAUGAUUAACACAACAAUGUGCAGAGGGCACUCUCACAGUGACCUUCAUGUCAGGUCUCACUAGCGUCACAUUUUAUAAAGGAUUCUUGUCAGAACACGUUUUACUAAUAGUUUUUCCAACAGAAUUAAAAGACAUAUUUGGCUGGAAUACCUGUGAAAACACUAACAGAGCAUUAUAGUCACUCUGGAACAGGGGUCUCCAACCUUUCUUCAUCUGAGAGCUACUUGCAUCAAAUCACUUGCAUUUAUUAACAUAGCACACAUCAGCUGCAUUAAACUACUGUUUGUACGCGUGUGAAAUUGCAAUAAGCCAAUGCUUAUCAAUAAUCUUAAAUUCACAUCAAGGUCCAAGUAAAAAACAUAAAUAUUUUACACUUCUUAUUGUGCCACACAGUAAGCGAUGUUACUGAAAAUUCACAUCCAUGUCCAAGAAAACAUCACUACAUUACACUUAUUUUUAUGGGCCAAAUAUAUGAAUAGUGGAAAGAGGUGCAUUUACUGUCAUCAGAUCUUUUAUUUUUGUUUAAUACAGUUGGUCGACCUAUGGGCGAGCUACCGGUAGCUGUUGGAGAGCCCUGCUCUAGAACCGCUUUUGUUUUUAUCCAAAUUUAAAAAGUCCCAAACACACAAAAAAUGAAAGUGUUGUGUCAUUUUAGUUGAACUAUUCAAAUGAAACUACAUCCUGUAUUUGUGACUUUUUCAGGUCUUCAGGAGGAACCGAUGCCAUUGAGGCCAAACUAACCGUGUUUAUGACGGCUCUUUCAUGUUUUUUGUGACAAAAAGAAAGCAUCGUCUGACUUAUCCUUUUACAUUAACGGGUCUAAAAUAUUUGUCUCCAACUUUGUGAAAUUGAGUCAAAUGGGCCGGUGCUUUUAGCUUAUAAAUCUUCAUGUUUUAAAGAUGACAGCUCCCACCCCCUAAGUGCUCACCUUUACUUAUGGGCAGCUGUGGCUCAGUUGGUAGAGUCGUCGCCUCUCAACCAGAAGGUCAAGGGUUCAGUCCCCAGCUGGGCAACAUGUCCAGUGUCCAAUGUGUCCUUGGGCAAGACGCCCUGAAUUGCUCCCUCUGCUUCAGUGGUGGUGUAUGAAUGAAAUUAGUUACUUCUGAUGGAUGAUACUACAUAGUGAUCAUCACUACCAGCAGUGUGUGAAAGGGUGUGAAUGUGUAGGUGUGACAUGUGGUGUAAAAGCGCUUUCAGUAGUUGGAAGACUAGCAAAGUGCUAUAUAAGCUCAAGUCCAGUUACCAUUAUUACCAAUCACAAGUCAGGUUCCUGGUCUGAAGUAUUGGAUGCACACUGUGAAAAGUUAGACAUUGAUUCACAGUUUACUGUUUGUAUAAAUGCAGUAGCAACUGGAAUGACUUAAUGAGCGCGAUAAUAAAAAUGCAGAGGUUGUCAGAUAUCACAUGGGUAAAUCCAAAAGUAAAUUACUUCGUCUUUUUUAUUUUUAUUUUACUAAUGAAUUUAGAGUUUUGUUAAAUUUGUUCUAAUGAACCAUCUCAGAAAGAGUUUUCUUUUUUUAAAGGUCAUAGGCUCCUCAUCAGUCUUCAACUGAUUACAGAUCGUGAUCAAUGCCCUUGUGCCAACAUUGAUUUAUUCAUUGUGUGUUUAAUGUUAUUGGUAGUGUUCUACAGUUUAUUCCCUUCUUAAAGUGACAAAAUGUUUUGUGUCUCAUAAGAUACCAAGUGCAAUACAUAGAAAUGCUUAUGUAAUUUUAAAAUGUAGAAGUAUUUUCAUGAAUUGAGGUAAUUAAGAUUUCCAAAAAAAUAGAUAUCUAAUAUUCAAUUUAAUAAAUUUACUAUGAAAGAA